AUGGCCGUCGCGUCAUUCCUUUUCGACGUGGCCACCAGCAGCGACACAAAGGCCGCUUUCGCGCCGCUGGGCACCCCCGAGUGCGCCGCCGCCACGGCGGCCGCGCUGGUGCGCUCCCACGUGGCGGUUGCCGCCGCCCCCAACGGCUGUGUCCCAGCCGCUGUCGCCUUUGCGCUGCGCCGCCGCGUGCUCGUACUCGCCGGUGUGCUGGUGGAGCUAUGCCGCGCGGCGGCGCCGGGGCGUGCGGCGAUGGAGGCGGUGGCCGCCGCUGUGCGCGUGCCGGGCGCGUUGGAGGCGCUGCUGCUCAUCACGCACUUGCCGCCGACCCCGGCGAUUGAUGAGGCCAGCGACGCCCUUGAGCACCUCCGCACACUGUUCCAGGUCGCCGGCAACCCGCAAGCCGCUAAAAGCGCGGCCGCGGCGGACUGGGGCCGCGCGGUCGCCCGCUGCGCGGGCCUCGCCGCAGACGUGCUGUGCGCGCGCCUGGCGGAGGGCGGGGCGCGCGCGGACUGCGCGGUGGAGCUUGUGGCAGCCCUCACCGUCGCCAACCCAGCCAAAGGCCCGCGCGCCGCCGUCGUCGCCGAGCUCGUCGCGCGCACACCGCACUUCUUCCCGCCGCUGCUGGCGGCCGCCCGCCCGCCGGGCGCCCCCCACAGAAUGCAGGUGCUCGUGUGGGGCGUAGCCGCCGAGUGCCUUCAGGGUCCGGUCGACGUGGCGGCCCUCUCGGCUGCCUGCGGCGGGGAGCUAGUGAGGGCCCUGCUUGUGGCCGUUGCGCGGCCGCUGGGCUCCGCGGUUGCGCCGGCGCCCGUCCAGGAGCUGCGGCUCCUCGCGCCGUCACGAGCAUCGGUCUGCCUCCGCGCCCUCGCCGAACACAACAUGGCCUCGCCGGCGCCUGUGUGCGGCUUGAUCGCGGGCGCGCCCGGCGCGGCGGCGGCGCUGGUCGGCGGGCUGCGCGCGGGGCUCGCGGCGGUGGAGGCGGAGGGCGAGGAUGGCGGGGCCCGCUUGAGAGCCGAGGGUUUCGUCGCGACGGUGUUGGCUACGAUGGGGGUCGUGGGCAUGCAGCAGGCGGCCCGUGCGGGCAGCAACAGCGACGGCGGCGGGGGCCGUCACGGCAGCAGUCACAGCGGGGACGGCGGUGGCGAGACCGGCAGGAACGGCAGCGGCAGCGGCAGUAUAAGUGGCAGCUGGUGGGAUUGGCUUGAUUCGCUGGUGCGCCUUGGCGCGCUCCCGCUGGCGGCGAGGGCGCUGGACCUGGCGGGUUCAGAGCCAGCACACCUCGCCAACAUUGCGCUCGGCGCAGGAGCACUUGUCUACAGCCAGCACCGGCCGAUGCAUCAGCAGCACGGCGGGCGGCCCACGCCGGCCGCCGCGGCGUUGAGGGCGCGGGUGUGGGGAGCGCUGGCUGCAGCGCGCUGCGAGAGCGCGUUCGUGAUGAUGGUGCGGCUGGGCGACUUGCAACAGGCGUGCUGGGCAGACGCUGCGGUGACGCCUGGCCUACUUGCUGCGUGCGCCCAGGCGAUCGCGGACCCUGACGGCGACACGCCCUCAAACGCGCUCCUGGUCAUCUCGCGCGCCGAGGCUUGGGCGCGCUCCCGAUGGGGGGCACGCGGCAGCGGCGGCAGCGAGGGCGGCGACGGGCGCAGCGGCAGCGGCAGCGGCGGCAGCGGCGCGGCUGGAGGCGACCGCUCAGACGGGCAGGAGGCGAGCGCAGACAAGGACGGGGGCAGCGACGGGGCCGGUUCGUGCGUUUUCGUGAAUGAUGUGGCCGACCACGAGGAGUUCCAUUAUGCACUGAUAGGCAUCGCAAAGAAGCGGUUGGAGGCGAUGCUGCACAUCGCCGCACUGGGGACCGCGGCCGGCGACCUCGAGGCGGCGGUGGGGGAGGCCGAGGCGGGCGCCGCGCUGCUGGCGCUGUGCGGCAGCGAAGCCUGCCGGCUGCAAGAGCUGCGGCAGCAGCUGCUGCAGCGGCAGCGGCGGGCGCAGCAGCAGCAGCAGCAGCAGCAGCAGCAGCAGCAGCAGCAGCAGCAACAAAGACAACAUGAGCAGCAGCAGCACGGGCAGCAGCUGCAGCAGCGGCAGCAGGAGCAGAGGCAGCAACAGCAGCAGCAGCAGCCUCAGCAGCAGCAGGAGCAGAGGCAGCAGCAGCAGCAGCAGCAGCAGCAGCAGCAUGAGCAGCAGCAGCAGCAGCAGUGUGAGCAGCAGCAGCAGCACAAGCCACACGAGCAACAGGAGCAACUGGAAAAGAAGCAGCAGGAGCGGCACCCACAGAAGCAGCAACUGCAGCCGGCAAGUGCUCGCACGGCAGGUGACGCGCCAGAGCGCCAGCAACCUGCCCACAGGAGUACUGCUUGCCAGGCAUGCACGUGCGCGGCAUGCAACAAGGCAGAGGCCGUCGGUGGCGUGCGCCUGCACCUCUGCCGCGGCUGCCGCGCGGCGUGGUUCUGCUCUGACGCGUGCUACAAGGGCUUCUGGCCCACCCACAAGGCCGCAUGCCGCCAGGAGCAGGCGCGGAGGGCGGCGCAUGCACAGCCUGCGGCUGAGGCGUAG